AUGGGUGAGAGAAAAGUGUUGAACAAAUACUACCCGCCAGACUUCGAUCCGGCGAAGAUUCCGCGGCGGCGGCAGCCGAAGAACCAACAAAUUAAGGUUCGCAUGAUGCUCCCCAUGAGCAUCCGCUGUGGCACCUGUGGGAAUUACAUCUAUAAGGGUACCAAAUUUAAUUCCCGCAAGGAAGAUGUCAUCGGAGAGACCUAUCUUGGAAUCCAAAUUUUUAGGUUCUAUUUCAAAUGUACUAAAUGCUCGGCUGAAAUUACAUUCAAGACGGAUCCACAGAAUUCUGAUUAUAUUGUUGAGUCUGGUGCAUCUAGAAAUUAUGAACCUUGGCGUGCAGAGGAUGAGGUAAUGGACGAAGAGAAAAAGAAAAGGAAUGCUGAAGAGAUGGGAGAUGCCAUGAAAUCGCUGGAGAAUAGAACUUUGGACUCAAAGAGAGAAAUGGAUAUCCUAGCUGCUUUAGAUGAAAUGAAGUCUAUGAAGUCGAGACAUGCAACUGUGAGCGUAGAUGCAAUGCUUGAAACUUUGCAACGCUCAAAUGAGGCAAAGGAAAGGAAGUUGGAAGAAGAGGAUGAAGCUCUUAUAAAGGCUGUGUUCAAGGGACCACGAGAGCCUACUGUUCUACGAAGGAUUGAUGAUGAGGAUAUUGAUGAUGAUGAUGACGAUUUGCCCAUGUUUUCAUUUGACAAAGGAGGAACAUCUGCUGAUCAUUUGAAGAGGAGAAAGGUAUCCGAAGAACCUUGCAAUCCAACAGAUUCUUUGACGAAGGGCCCUGAUCUUGACAGCUCUAACAGUAAAGAUAAUAUGCAGGUUUCUGGGGCUUCUGAUAGUGGUAAAUUCAUUUUCAAGUCUUCAACCAUCACAGUUUCUAUUCUUAAGAAACCACUUCCCGAUUCCACUAGUAACAAUUCAGCUAAGGAGAAGCCAAAGAAUCAGGGGACAGGACCCACCGCUGUUGCAAGCAGUGGAUUGCAAUCAUUAUGCCAACAAUAUGGAAGUGAUGACGAUUAUUGA